GCCUUGAGCCCUUGGCCUCGACAUCGGCGCUGCCCUCUACCGAUCACAAGGGAGGCACAGACUGGAAGGUGAGGACGAUGAGACAGACGACGUUGCGCUCCUUUCGUCCUUCUUCCCCCCGAGGCGAGCUACACGCAGAGGCAGAACUUGACAAGGAUCGCCCAAGAAAGCGAGUCAAGGUAGAAGGCGACCACAAGGACCAUGUACAAGACGUCAAUGAAGAAGAUCUGGACAAUGCUGCGACUCGUUCGCUCUCCCCGUCUCCUCCUCCUCCCCGCAUUCCAACUGACUUCAAGCAAGUCACCUCACCAUCCUUCCUCGCCAAAACUUCAACUCCCAUUCCCGGUGUGCACUACCUUCCCUCUCUCAUCCCUCCCUCUCUAGCUUCAGAAUGGUACCAUUCUCUCCUCUCCCUUGAAGGUUGGUACCACCCUACGCUCCGCAUGUACGGCAAGGAAAUCACACAAAGUCGCGCAAUCAUUGCCUUUAGUAAAGUUCCUGGUUUGAAGUUGAAGUAUAGUGGACAGGAAGUGGAGAUGAGAGAAUGGCCAGAGGUGUUGAGGGGAAUGGAGAGAAGGUGUAGAGAGGUGAUUGGGGAGGAGGUUAGGUUUAAUCAUGCCAUGUUGAAUUGGUAUGCUGAUGGAGAUACCCAUAUCGGGCGCCAUUCGGAUAAUCUGGAAAACAAGGUCAUCGUCACCCUCUCCCUCGGCGCUCCUCGCACAUGGGUCAUGACCAAGCGUCCACCAAAGGGAGCACAAGCGGCUGCGAAGCGCAACGGGGUGAAGCUGGCAAAGACGGAGACUCAUAAGUGGACCGUCGAAGCAGGGUCGCUCUUGCUGAUGCAGGGAAAGUGUCAGGAAGAGUGGUAUCAUGAGAUUCCAAAGGAGAGAAAGAUCAAGGAAGGGCGGAUAUCGGUCACUUUGCGUCAGCUUGUCUACGACUGAAUUGAUAAUACCAUCGGCGGAAUCGGCGUCCUCCACUACGGCGUUUGUGGCUCUGUCGAAUUUGACUUGCGAACAAGGCCAGAUAGUGUGUCGCCACUGCGCCCUGCCGGUGGUGCUACUGCAUCAGCCUCCUCCCGGCACGCGGGUCCGGUUCUCUCCAAUGUGACUGUGCGGGGUAGUGGAGACUACCGGAAGCCACUGCUACUCUGAGUCAGACGUCCACAGAUGUCAUCCGGUCCUAAGCUGCUGAAUGU